AUGACCAAACCACAGAUCCUCAGAACCGUUGCCCAAGUCAGGCAGUGGAGACGCCAGGCGCUCUUGAACAACAAGACUGUGGGCCUUGUUCCCACCAUGGGUGCGUUGCACAGGGGCCACCUCUCGUUGGUGGGCCAGUCGCUCUCGGAGAACGAUCACACCAUAGUGUCGAUCUUCGUGAACCCUUCCCAGUUUGCACCCCACGAAGACUUGGACAAGUAUCCCCGAACCGUGGACGAAGACUUGGCCAAGCUCGAGGGCGCUGAGCCUGUUCUGGCGUCCGCAAGCGCGGUCUCCAGGCAGGUAUCUGCCGUGUUCAUCCCCAAGGUGUCGGAGAUGUACCCGUCAGGCAUCACCAUGGACGUCUCUCAGCAAAAGGGGGCCUUUGUAUCGGUCGUAGGCUUGUCUGAGCAGCUCGAAGGUGUCACACGGCCCCAGUUCUUCCGGGGGGUCGCCACCGUGGUCACCAAGCUCCUCAACAUCGUCACGCCUGAAAGAGUGUACUUUGGCCAGAAAGACGCCCAGCAGUGCGUGGUGGUCAAGAACUUGGUGAGAGACCUCCUCAUCGACACUGAGGUGCGCGUAAUGCCCACUCUCCGCGAGCCCAACGGCCUUGCCAUGUCGUCGAGAAAUGCGUACUUGUCGCAACACAUGAAGGACGAAAGCUCGGUGAUCUACCAGGCCUUGACCCGUGGAGAAAAAUACUACUUAAACAAGUCCAGUGGAGAUGUUGGUGUGGCAUCGCUGGAGAUUAUCGACGAAAUCAGGUCGGAGUUGGCCAGCAAAAAUGGCUUCAAAAUCGAGUAUAUUGCCGUCAGUGACCCCAACACGUUGGAGGACUUGUCUGUGGUGGUUCCUGGAACUGGGGCAAUCAUUUCCACCGCCUUGCGGGUGAAGAACGAAGAGGGUAACGAAAUGAGAUUGAUAGACAAUGUCUGCUUGCAGUGA